AUGGAGGAAGGGAUGCAGUCUUACCAGGAUCCAAUGUAUUUUACUUGUAGGUCCCGCAGGCAUUGCCAUAAGCCUCUAGAUCCGUCGAAAAAUGUUGUGGCUCGACGACAGUUGUUGAGUGUUACGAUUCUUUGCCUCCUGUUUAUGGGGAUUGAAGCUACUGGCGGUGUGUUAGCCAAUAGUUUGGCUUUGUUUUCUGACGUCCUACACCUCGGAAGUGAUCUCAUUAACUUCUUGGUCUGUCUGUCCGCUCAUUGGCUGGCCUCCAAACCCAUGACCCAGAAGAUGACCUUUGGCUAUCACAGAGCAGAAAUUUUGGGAGCCUUCUUCAGCGUGAUCUUUAUCUGGGUGGUCAGCGGCGUCCUGUGCUACAUAGCUGCAGACAGGAUCGUCCAUGGACACUACACGCAGGUCAAGCCGGACGAGAUGCUGGUCACCGCGGCUAUGGGUCUUCUAUUCAACAUCAUCAUUUCGUCUGUGGUGAGAAUAUUUGCAUAUAACCUCAGAAUCACAAGUGAUGCUCAACCACAUUCUCUUCACCACAAAACAGAAUCUGACAAAGAGGAAGACAAGGCCACACAGAAAACUCAACAGCCCAAGAAACCACGGAACAUCAACGUACGAGCGGCUUUCAUCCACGUGAUCGGUGACACUAUUCAGAGCCUGGGGGUGCUGCUCUCUGCCUUGGUGAUCAAAUUUGCUCCUAGCCAGGCGUACAAGCUGGCAGACCCGAUAUGUACGUUUGUAUUUUCUUUGGUGGUGCUCAUCACUACUAUGGCCAUCCUUCGGGACGUGAUAACUGUUUUUAUGGAAGGUGUUCCGAGAGGAAUCGGGUUUGCGUCCUUGAAGAAAGAUCUAGAAGACAUAGAUGGCGUGGUGACUGUCCAUAGCCUGCAUAUCUGGGCACUUACUAUGGAUACGACUGCGGUGUCUGUACAUCUGGUAAUCGAACAUCUGCACCAGCACGACGAGGUGCUUGCCGCCGCCACCAGGCUGAUACAAGACAAGCACCAAGUACACUUCACCACCAUUCAGGUGGAGCUCUUCCGUGACGAGAUGAACGCCUGUGAAGACUGUUUACGGUUCAACCAGUAG